AUGGCCCAGCCCCUGCCACGGGAUUUGCGCUGGCCAACCAUAAAACUUUAUUCGGGGUCGUCCGACUCUCAGGCUCAUAUCAACAGGUACCGGGCGGCCAUCAUGAUGACGGACUCCAGCGACGCCGUUAUGUGCCGAGGCUUCUUCGCGACCCUGGACGGCCAGGCUCAGGAUUGGUUCACGACCCUACCCGAGGGGUCCAUUUCAUCCUUUGCCGACCUUUCGGGGCAAUUUCUGUCGCAUUUUGCAAGCAGCAUCCCAAAGAAGAAACAAUUCGCAACCAUGUGCAAGUUAGAACAAGGGAGCACAGAGAGCCUGACCGACUACCUAGCUAAGUUGAAGAAGGAGGCGAGGUUAGUUGACAACUUCGACGAGAAGGCGGCCGUGCCGAUCUUCACCAGCAACGUCAGGUCAGGACCCUUUCAUCGCGACCUCGUCCAGAAUCCGCCGAAGACUUAUGCGGCAUUGUUGGACCGAGCAACGAGGUUCGCAGAGGCGGAGGAGGCUGAGCGGAAGAAGAAGGAAGAGGAGAGGGGGCGUCGAGACAAGGCACCUCAGGAGGACCGUCGUGCCCAGAGGACCAGCGCCAAGGCCCACGGUUAG